GCCUUGGGGCCAAUCGCCAUGGUAACGGUGGGGUUUCUUCCACCUCCCCACCCAGCCGAUCCCCCUCCUCCCAGCGCGGCAGCCAACCGGCUUGUGAGCGUCCCAGGAGCGCGCUAUAAAACCUGCACCGGUGGCGCUCGCCAGUCAGCCGGACCUGGGCGAAGGCGGCCAGUGCCCAGCUACAGCCUGGGAAGUCUGGUUUUGUGACAGCUUUAGCAUGCGGAGCGUGCAGACGAUGAGCCCCUUCCUGCAGAAGCGAUGCCUCUGCCUAAGCUUCCUGCUCUAUCUCCUGGGCCAAGUCUCUACGACUCAGCGCUGCCCGUCGCCGUGCCCGCGCGAGUGUCCCACGACGCCGCCGACCUGCGCCCCCGGGGUGCGCGCGGUGCUGGACGGCUGCUCCUGCUGUCUUGUGUGCGCCCGCCAGCGCGGAGAAAGCUGCUCCGAGCUGAGACCGUGCGACCAGAGCAGUGGCCUCUACUGCGACCGCAGCGCAGACCCCAGCAACCAGACUGGCAUCUGCAUGGUACUUGAAGGAGACAACUGUGUGUUCGAUGGGGUCAUUUACCGCAGCGGAGAGAAGUUCGAACCAAACUGCCAAUACCACUGCACCUGCAGAGAUGGGCAGAUUGGCUGUGUGCCCCGCUGCCAGCUGGAUGUGCUUUUGCCGGGUCCUGACUGCCCAGCUCCAAGAAAAGUCGCAGUGCCAGGAGAAUGCUGUGAAAAGUGGACCUGUGGCCCAGAUGAGGAGACAUUAGGAGGCUUGGCCCUUCCAGCCUAUAGGCCAGAAGCCACCGUGGGAAUUGAUGUCUCUGACUCCAGUAUCAACUGCAUUGAGCAGACCACAGAGUGGAGUGCAUGCUCCAAGAGCUGUGGAAUGGGUUUGUCCACCCGGGUCACCAACAAGAACCGCCAGUGUGAGAUGGUGAAGCAGACUCGGCUCUGCAUGGUGCGGCCCUGUGAACAAGAGCCCAAGGAACUGACAGACAAGAAAGAAGCUGAACAGAAAACUCCCAAUGCAGAGAUGACAGGGCCCCUCAGCCUCAUCACUUGUAUCCUGGAGGCUGCCAAGGCUCACACAUUCAUAAUUCAGCAGGAAUUCUCAUAUAAGUAAGUAUACCAUGCAUUGAGGCCCAAGGCACCUGAUUAUAACCUCUGAUGACCUUCAAACAUGUUUUAGUGAAGUUUUGAAGAAGAGCGAAAUCCACUACUUUUGUGAGAACUUAGAAUUUUUAAAGACCUGCUCAGAACACAUCCUUGGGUCAUAAUUAUGGAAGCUCACGAACAAGGUAUACAUGUAUACAUAUAUGUGUGUCCAACAGAUCAUGCUCACAAGAUACUAUAAAAUUAAGCCUGUGUAUUCUUCUAAUAUCACCACGUGUGUUCCACUUUUCUCCUUAAAGUAUUUAUAAAAAUAUAAAUUAUACAUUUUGUAAAAUAGUCUUUUUAAUUUCUCUACUUGUCAGACAUGACUUUAGAAAAACACAAUAGUAUCAGUGUGUGACUCUGGUAUUAGUUUUGUGUUAAAAGUUUAAUGUUGUUUACUAAAAAUAAAAAUUUAUGAAUUAAAUAGGACAUCAAUAGCAUCUAUUGAAGGAUAAAUAUUUUGUGGUGUGCUCAGAACUUCUUAUAAGAUGGGUGAAAAAACAUUAUUUACUGUGGUAUGUAAUUUCUACUGCCAAUAUCUCAAACAUUCUCUGCACCAUUUGCUCAAACUAUCAUUUCCAUUCCUGAUUCUCCAGAAGGCCCACCAGACACUCCUAUAUACAAAUUUAAAUUUUCUAUCUGAAGAAGCAAAUUCACUUCUCUCACUCCCUUAUGAAAUUAAAGGGCCACCUAUCCCCAGCCUCAUGGCCCAAGAGAAAUCAGUCUUCUCUUGAUGCCUAUCCAUAUCCAUCAGCUCAUGGAUGCAACCAACCAUGGAUUGAAGAUAUUAGGAAAAACAAGUGUUACAUGUAGCUGAUGUUACAGUGCAGUUGACCUGCAGUGGUUGCAUAGAUACAGAACUUGCAGAUCUUUUAUUAUUGUUCCUUAAACAAUAAAAUAUAACAACUA